GGGGGGUGCUUGCCCUGAAGAACCACCCCGGCGCACCGGUACUCCGCCCGUCCCUCCGGCAUGGCGCACCGCUGCGUCGGCAAGUGCGCGCCGCUGCUCUUCCUGGCGCUCGCCUUUGACGCCGCGGGGCUGGUCGUGCUGCUGGUCGGGAUUUUCGGCGACCUGAGCCUGCAGGGAGUCUUCUACGGGGACUUCCUCAUCUACACGGGCUCGGUGGUCAUCUUCCUGAGCCUGGGCUGGUGGGCGCUGUGGUACACGGUCAACGUGCGCCUGUACGCGCAGGACUCGGCCGGCUCCCUGGACGCCAGCAGCCUCACGCAGCUGGCCAGGAAGCUGUCCCGGAGGCUGUCUGCGCGGGGGGUGAAGCCCCUGGAGGCCCGGCAGGACAGGGACACCGAGAAGAUGGGGAGCCGGACUGGGGCCCCCAGGAUUGCGUGGGGGAGCCGCGGCCAUGGCGCCGUGACGCACGGCCGCACCGUGGGGCUCGAUGGAGGACCAGGGUGCACACCUGCAGCUGACAGGACCGAGCUGGGGGUGGUGAGGAUCUCACAUGUUGCUCUGCAGGCAGACGACAGCAAAGCUGCCAGCAAAGCUGAGAGGCUCCUCUGACGAGAGAUGGUGACGGCCGCCUUGCUCGGUGCUCCGGACUCUCUCCUCUGCUGCUGAUGAGCUCUACCAUUUCCCCAAAUCCUGCUGAGGAACUUGUUUUUUGUUUGGUUUUAGACAACUUCUUGAUCAGGGAAAAGCCCCGAGGCCCUGUUGAGGUGGCCGGGCUGCGCACAAAGGAAGAAAAAAGUCUAUUACAUGUACAUAAGGAUGCAAAUGAAUGUUUUAUACAUGGUUAUUUUUUGUGGCAGAUGUUAAUUAUUUUUCAUGGUAAUAAAGUCUGAAGGUAAGGGGAAGGACGUGUUUGUCUUUCUCUGCGGGCGACGGGUGCUGACUGAUGUCUGAUAACACAGAAAUGUAAUGAGUUAAGAUUAAAAACACAAAAGAUUU